AUGCAUCCUGCACUCGAAAGCCCCGACAUCCAGCAUGAAAUCUUUUGGCAUCUUCGGUUUCAAGAAGAGAUACGGUUCGACGACCGGGAGAGGAAGCUGCGGAAACAGACUCUCCGGGACGCAGCGCUGACGAGCCGUGCCUGGAUGAACGAGGCAUUGGCUGCGUUGUGGUGGCGAAUCGAGGAUGUUCUUUGUCUGUUUAAGCUGCUCCCCAACUUUGUGAAACCAGAUGGAGAGCAACAAUGGAUUAGGAUUGCGGCUGGACCUGGCGGCUCCGAUGCACUCUCGCCAGCAGUUCCAUACCUCCUUUCCAAGAUUCCCGAACGGGCACCUUUCGUCGCUCGAAUUGUUAUCACGGUCAACGUCACCCAGCGGUCCUCGGAGCAGUUGGCCUCCUUGAACCACCUCAGGUUCCUCUACAUCGCAUUCUAUCACUCGAAACGGGACCUUUUCCGAUUCAUCGACCGCUUGGGCGAGAUACCGACGCUGGAGGAGGUGGAGAUUAUGUCCUACGAGCGCACACCUGCUAUGCCAUCCCGCAUCAACCCUCUCACUCUGCAACAGUCCUUCCCCAGCCUGCAGAAGAUCAAGUAUUCCGGUUCGUUCGGCGAGAUGCGGACCAUCUUGGGCCGGCUCCCAUCGCAUGGUGUUACAUCGAUCAGCUUCGAGUGUGUAUAUGCUUCACGCCAGUACGACAGCAUCGAAGACGACGAAGACCAGUGGCCGUAUCUCCUGCAGCUCAUCGAACGCAAGUUUCGGACGUCGUGCACACAGCUGUCCUUCCAGAGCCCGAGGACGAGGCACCCCAAUUUGAAUGUGCUUUCCAUGGGUAUAGGUCAAUUGCGGUUCCUCCUCACUGCGCUUCCCAACAUCACCCACCUCGACCUUGGAUCGAUCCCCUGCGUGGGCUUGACCAAUCACGAUGUCGAAUGUAUUGCUGAUACAUGGCCCAACCUCGUGGCCUUGACCCUGUCCAGCUUCUAUGAGGACGUGAAUGGGGACACCUCGUUGGCGUGCUUGCUCCCACUCGCCACUCGCUGCCCGCAUUUGAAGACGCUCGCUAUCGCCGUUCAUACCGCGGUUCCAAUUCCGGAGUACCCUCUCGACCCCUCCUCCCUGAUAUUCAACAGCAAGUUGGAGACGCUGACGAUUGCAGCGAAAGACGCUGAACGCCCUGACCAGGUCGCAGCGUAUCUUCGAAUGUUCUUCCCUCGAUUGGUCCGGGUUUGGCGCUGGAGGGGAGUAUAUGAUGGGAAGAAAGCAGGAAUGGGUACCUUUUGGGAAAUGGUCAAUCGGAGCUUGGCUGGACUUGCUGUUUGAUUUGCAGGCAAAUUCGAAUGUAUUUUGUAACCCA